CUGCGAAUGUUUGCGCGCGCACUUUUUUAGGAGGGGCGACGACACUAGGUCGGAGCCAGUUGGUCGGGAUUGGGUCGAGAGUUUGAAAGCCGACGGGUUCCGACGAUACCGAGUUUGUCCGAGAAAAUAUUGCCGUCGCGCAGAACAGAAGGUACCGAAACCGCCAUACCCCAUGGUUCUUAAGCCCUGAUCAAAACAAUCUUGAUAUCGUGAUAUAUAAUUUGAAUUGAGGUUUCUUUAGACUAUAGUCUGUUCGAAUACUAUCCGAUUGCAUCCCGGUGACAGUGGUAUGUGUUUUACGAAGCAAUACGUCACGGUUGUGGAGUAGAAUCCGACGAGUUUCAACAAGUCAACAACACCCGCGUCUCGUCGAUUGCGGACGGUGUUGUCGUAGUUGACGUUGUGUCGUGCCCCGAGCCGAACGGAGCUGUACAAAGUGGGUGGAAUUGAAAAAAACGUUUUCAUACACCGAAAAGAUGGAUCAAAAAAGUUUAAGAGCGUCAUUAGAGUGCAAUAACAACGCUCUAAAUUUUUACUGAGCAACAACACCAUCGCGCCAAUCGCUCUUUUCUUUUCUAAUUUUAUUGUUUCUCCCUCUCGCUCAUCCUGUCUUCCACCUUUCAAUCUUCAAUCUUCCACUAUUUCGCUCUCACUCUUUCUACCGAACACCCGCGUCCGCCCACUUGCUCACUCUCACGCUCUUUCUUUCUUUCUCUGACCCUCUUUCUCUUCGCCGUUAUCUCUCACUCUUUGUCUUUCAUUUUCUUAAUAACUUGUGCAAGUUUUUCCAUAACGUCAACGUUAUCAAAGUGGCCCCCGUCACGUGUGCCGAACGAGGCAGCAAAAUUGGCUCAAACGCGGAACCCGCGAUGGUGAUAAGAUCGGAUGGUGGAACUAGCGAAAGCCCGCUUCUGGUCGAAGAGGGCGAAGCUGUUGGUCAGCCACACAGUCCUCAUCAAAAGCAUAGUCAUUCACACGUGGGCCAUGCGCAUCACCCUCAUCCCCACCUACAUCAACAUCCCCAUACUCACGCUCACGCUCACGGCCACCACGGGCAGCAUCAUCAGGACAAGACUAAACAAUCGGUCAAAUACGGCGAGCUCGUAAUCCUCGGAUACAAUGGAUUUCUUCCACCUGGGGAUCGUGGAAGAAGACGUAGUAAAUUCGUACUCGUCAAAAGACAGACGGCAAGCGGUGUCAAACGUAGCAAACAUUAUGUUGUUAAAACACCCCAUAGUUCAAAGGCCAUUCUUGACACAACUCAGCAUUCUAUUUCGUAUACACUUACUAGGACGCAGGCCGUUAUUGUUGAGUAUACGGAGGAUGAGGAUACCGACAUGUUUCAGAUCGGCAGAUCCUCCGAGAGUCCGAUCGACUUCGUGGUAAUGGAUACCUGUCCAGGCGGAACGGAAGGCGGUUCAGCUCCUGCAAGCGAAGGACGCGUUGCUCAGAGUACCAUAAGCAGGUUUGCUUGCCGUAUUCUUGCCGACCGAGGUGAUCCGAGAACAGCCAGAAUAUAUGCCGCUGGAUUCGACAGUUCGAGGAAUAUAUUUCUUGGGGAAAAGGCGACAAAGUGGCAAGAAAAUCGUGAGAUAGACGGACUGACGACAAAUGGUGUAUUGAUAAUGCAUCCAAGGGGUCAAUUCUGUGGCGGUGAAGCAGAGUGUGGUUUGUGGCGUGAGGUAAGCGUUGGCGGUGGUGUAUUUUCUUUACGGGAAAGUCGUAGUGCUCAGCAAAAAGGUUGCGUUGUCGAAGACGAGAGCAACGUCCUUCAGGACGGUACAUUGAUAGACCUUUGCGGGGCCACAUUGCUCUGGAGAUCAGCAGAAGGACUCGCAAAGUCGCCGACGAAGCAUGACUUGGAAGAGCUAGUCGAUGCGAUAAAUGCUGGACGACCGCAAUGCCCAGUUGGACUGAAUACGCUUGUGAUACCUCGAAAGGCCGCGGCCGAUUCCGCGCAACAACACCAGCCGUAUGUUUAUUUGAAAUGCGGACACGUACAGGGGCACCAUGAUUGGGGACAGGAAAAAGACAAGGUCACGAGAAGGUGUCCUAUGUGCCUUGUCGCUGGUCCUAUAGUAAAACUAUGUAUGGGUAUAGAACCUGCCUUUUAUGUAGACAGCGGACCACCGACAUAUGCGUUCAGCCCCUGCGGUCACAUGGCUACGGAGAAGACUGUAAAGUAUUGGGCACACGUUGCAAUACCUCAUGGAACGAAUGGUUUCGAUGCAGUAUGUCCAUUUUGCGCCCUGCCGUUGGAAGGUACCCCAGGAUAUGUGAAACUAAUCUUCCAAGAUAAUGUGGAUUAGCGAGCCUUCAAUCAGGUAUCAUUAUUUCAUUGUUCGACUGAUGAAAACGUCUUUGUGGACCCUGCGUCGAAAUUGUGGACCCAUGAGCUGCGUAACAGUUGCUAAUCGAUACACGAAAGAAUAUAUUUCAGCCGAAGAGGGAUAAUCAAUGUAAUAAAUACUGUUAUGUUAGGCGUAUUCAACCCACCUGUACCUAGAUAAUAACACGUAUAGAUAUCGAACGUAAGGGGUGACCACAUCAAUUGACUCUGUUGUUUGCCGACAAUAACAUAAAAAUUAUAUCAUCUUGUACGUGAUCAGUUCAUCAUCAUCAUUAUCAUCAUCGUUUUGCAUCCUGACCGUAUAGAUGUAGCUCUGGGUCAUUGAUAAUUAUAGAGUUUUCAAAUAAAUCGGCUCGCGUUCCCCAGACGUUUUAUUUAAUGUCUAAAUCGAGCUACUGUCCAGUUCCAUAAUGUACACAAUUUUUGUUCAAAUUGUAGAAUCAUUCUACGCUUAUCAACGGAUUGAAAGAAAUAAAAUAUUGAAAUAGGUCAAUAAUAAAUUACAGAGUAAUUGGUUGAAAUGAAUCUACGAACGAGUUGGUAUAAGUAUAUACGUAUACGUAUAUUUAUACUUCUGUUAAUGCAUUAGAUAUAAAUCGUAGAGAGGAAUUUAUUCAUUUAUCGCGAGGGUUCAAUCUUACAAAGUGUAUUAUCUAUUAACCGUAACACGGUGUGACUGUACCUAUUAUUUGAUUAGAAUUUAUGAAAAUGGACAUUAGCGUGAAUUAAUUAUUUAGCCGAGUUGUAUAGUAUUUCAAAAUAUGUAUAUUUAAGCUGUGGAGGGGGGCUUAUUCAAUGCUGCCUUUCAGUCAUCAAUUCUACCUUCUUCCCCCCUCCCCAAGUUUGUAAAACAUUGCGGAUUUUAUUCAACAGUUUUUCUACAAACAACAAUAAACUUAUUAAGUUAUUA